AUGGUAGCCAGUCACAGACCUCAUUCUCUCAAACCAGGCUCCGGGCUGGAGUUCCUGCUGGUUCUCUGUGGGCUCAAGUUUUCCUGGUCCUGCCCUCGUCACUGCAUCUGCUACUCUGCACCCAGCACCGUCUCCUGCCAAGCCCACAACUUCCUGACGAUCCCCGAAGGCAUUCCUCCUGACAGCGAACGCAUCUUCUUACAGAACAACAAGAUCCAUCGCUUGUUACGGGGCCACUUCAACCCCAACACUGUCAUCCUCUGGAUCUACUCCAACAACAUCACCUACAUAGAGCCAUCAACCUUCCAUGGCUUCUCAUUACUCAAGGAACUGGACCUGGGAAACAAUCGCCACCUGCGCUCUCUGGCUGAAGACACCUUUCAUGGUCUUAGUCAGCUCAACACUCUCCACUUGUACCACUGUGGUCUCACUUCACUUCCAAAUAACAUCUUUCAGGGCCUCAGAAAUCUACAGUACCUAUACUUGCAGGAUAAUCAUCUAAAGUAUCUGCAGAAUGACACGUUUAUGGAUCUCCACAACCUGAGCCACCUGUUCCUGCAUGGAAACCGUCUGUGGAGCCUCAACCAGAACACCUUCAGGGGCCUUCGAGCAUUGGAUCGUUUGCUCUUACACAAAAACCAGAUAGAAUGGGUUGACCGAUUAGCCUUCAAUGGCCUGAAACGUCUCACUACCCUCUACUUGUUCAACAACACCCUCAAAGAGCUGUCUGGACAGUGUCUGGACACGCUGCCUUCUUUGGACUUCCUACGCCUGAACGACAACCCCUGGUCAUGCGACUGCAAGGCCCUGUCUCUGUGGGAGUGGUUAAAACGUUUCCGUGGCGCAACGUCGUCAGUGGGUUGCCAGGCCCCAAUUAAUAUGGUCGGGAAAGACCUGAAAAUGCUCCACAAGGAGGACUUCUCCAGCUGUUCACCAACCGUUUCUGAGUCCAGAGCUCAGACUAAUAAUUUAUCAGGCACAGUUAAUCCGUCCAUGAAUCGAGGAGUGGUGAUGGGCUCUGGAGGACAGACCCACAUCGUGCAUCCCUCAAGGCCUGGGCCACCUAAAAACUGCACAAAGCCUCGUAACAGAGGGGGCAAGAAGAAGGGUGACAACGAGGUUCACCAUUCAAAGGAGGUCAUGGCAGACAAAGAAGACUCCUCCCCAGACUUCUCAGAGAGAGGGAAACAUGACCACACCUCCCCAGAUGGCACAGUCACACAGAGAAAGUACAAGUGCUCUCCUCGGACCACUGUUCGACCCCCAAGUGGGGUUCAGCAAGCCAACAAUAAGGCACCCUUAUCUAAGUCGUUACUACAAGUGCAAGCCCUCUUUGUGGCCUUCAUAUUGACAAACAUCGACCACAUUCUCCGUUGACCUUCAGAGGGUUUAACAAAUGCUA